AUCUUCUAUAUCAAUAACAAUUAUUUCAAUAUUAACAGCAAUUAUUUACAGAAUGUUACUCUCGAAAUGAUAAAUUUCACUAACUUAAUGAAACCACGCGAAGAAAUCGUGUUUAAGCGGUAUAUUGACAAAUGUUUCGUGUUGUAUGAAGCAUCUCUGAUUAGUUUUCACUUGGUGACAUUAACAGCUAUAGUAUUACCUGCUGUGACGGAACAACCAUUUCCACCAUCAGCCAAAUAUCCAUUCGAUGUGUCUUAUCAACCGCUAAAAGCAAUAAUCUAUGUAAAACAAUCUGCAGUCGGAUUCAUGGUAACAGGACAACUAUGUAUAAAUGUUUAUAUGGCUUUAUUGCUCUGGUUCACAGCGGCAAGAUUUGAUAUUCUAAUUGAAGAACUAAAGACAGUUACAAAUGUCUAUGAGUUGUGUAAAUGUAUUAAAAAACACCAAGAAUUACUCAAGUACGUAAAAUAAUUUCUAUCUAUCUAAUAUAGGAAUAAUCUAGUUUAGGAGAUCUCAAUCUCUCUAUGACUAACAAGUCGGAUUUGUUCCUCGUAAAGUUUUAUCUG